UUAAUGAGUUGGGGUAAAUGCCACGGCCUGGCGGGUGGACAUGUCUGUGACUAAGGAGUCCGUCGCUCACUGGGACGUGAUCACCAUAAAGCCAAUUAGAAACGGUGUUGACGUCCAACCGUGGCUCGGUGUUGAGGAUCAUGGACCUCUGCUUGCUUGUUCUAGCUUUAGUUUCAGUAAAUGCAGUGAUGGCAGUGGGUAACAACACCACGGUGGCGACAAACUCGACGCUGACGCCCCUGCAGUGCCAAAACGGUGGUCGUGAAACGAUUGGAUUCUGCCUCUGCCCUGACGACUUCACCGGAGCUUUUUGCGAGUUAUCAAACUUCUGUCCUGAACAAAUCGUUCAGAGCUUCACGUUUCCAAAGACGAUUAUUGGGAACGCAGGAUAUUCCAAAGAAAAGUGCACUCCAGGAAACACUAACGCCGGAUUUUCAAAGGCCACCGCUUGGUGCCAGAACGGAGCUUUCACGGUACCUCAAGAGCUCGACUGUAGCCUGACGCUUAACACCAUCGAUACCGACCUUUCAAAUGCCACACCUGCGGUCAAGCAAAGAUUAGCCUCCAACGCCCAAAUCCUCACAUCUAUACCAGACAAGCUGACCACGCACAACAUCAGCACAGCAGCAAAAAUAGUCACCAAUCUGCUCAUGUCCAACGAAUACAGACAGGAUCUUCACCUCCCAGCCAUCAUUACAGUCAGCCAGCUUCUUAACACUCGUGUGGAGCAGUUUGAUGACAUCACUACUGAUCCCAUCAACAAUCUCACCCAUUUGUUGCCAUUGUUUUCCGUAAUGCAGAACAAUAAAGAAUUGGUCAACAUCGUACAGCCCAACAUCGCCAUCCAAUCGCUCCGCCUGUCCCAAAGUUCAGAAAUCCAAAUGACCCUGUAUUCAGCUUUAAAUAAUACCGACCAACAAAGUGUACCUUCAGGGAAAACCACAUCCUCAGGCAUCCUGUCAGCCAACAACAUAAAGCUGAACACCAGCUUCGAACCUCUUGAUGAGCAGUUUCCCAUCGAUUUCCAGGUCAACGUCAAGCUUACAACAGAGAGCAAAGGCAUCGGCGUCGGCUUGGUGCUGUACAAUAACGAUCGGUUCUUCAGAUCCCAGGUCUUCCACCCUUCUUCGGUCUUCAGAAGAAGAGUCUUCAUGGGACACAUUGAUAAAGAAAAUGUCCUCGACUAUGUUAAGUUCACUGUGAUGGACCAGAACAGGUCUGUUAUAAGGGUCCGUGAUUUCGCGUGUGUGUUUUGGGACUACAAGAAGAAAGACUGGAGUACAGAAGGAUGCGAAAAAAAGGUCUCGGUUUACGGGAGACGGACCUGCAAAUGUAUCGGCAACAAAAACUUCGUCAAUUUCGCCAUGUUGAUGAGUUUCCAAUCAAACCCUGAAGUCAUCGAGGCCUUAAGCAUGAUCAGUAUAAUUGGCUGCGCUCUGUCUGUCACGGGUUUGGUCAUCACGGGGAUAUUCCAGAUCCUGACCAGAAAAUCAAGGAGAUCCAGUCCUACCCUACUGAUGGUCAGCAUCUGCAUCUCCAUGGUCAUCGUCUACCUUCUCUUCAUCUUCGGCAUUCAAAACUCGCCUCCCAUUGAGUAUACUGUAGAGGAGAACGUCGUUCCUGAGUCCGAUUUCCCCCUGGAUCCGGACGACGGGCCGUGCACGAUGUUUACCGCUCUCCUCCACUACUUCCUGUUGGCGACGUUCACCUGGAACAUGCUGUACGCCGCGCACAUCUUCCUCCUGAUCAAAAACACGAUCGCGAGGCUGCCACGAUACUUCGGCAUCUUGUCAAGCGUAGUGGGCUGGGGUCUUCCUGCAGUGGUCGUUGGAAUCACGUUAGGAAUCACGUACCGGGCCGAAAAUCCUUUAAACUACAGACAGAAGGCCAUGUGUUGGCUAGCUGCAUUGGAUCAGAAUGACAGGUUUGACAUGUUGAAGCCCAUGCUGUGGGGUUUCCUGCUCCCCGCUGCUGUCAUGCUCCUCUUUAACAUUGCAAUAGUCUGUUACUUCUCAUACAUCACCUGCAGGACCAACCCCAACCUCAACAGUUCACAGGUCACACCUUUACGCAACAAAAUGCUUAGCUGCCUGUCCAUAGCCGUGGUGCUCGGACUGUCCUGGGUCAUCGGCUACUUGAUGCUCCUGGAAACAAAACCCAUCAUGCACACCAUCCUCAGCUUCGCCUUCUGCCUCUGUAACACCACGCAGGGCGUCCAGAUCUUCGUGUUGUUCACCUUAAGGACGCCGAUUUUUAAGGAGAAAGCCCUAGCUUGCUUCAAGCUCAUCAGAACUCCUGUUCUGGUCAGACACCGGCAGACGUUUGAGCUGUGGGGCGCAGAAAAUACUCAUCAGGAGGAGAGCUACAGAGCCAUUGACUAAAAAAAAUUUUUUAGCAUUGUAGAAACCUAAUUCUGAUAUAUAGGAUUUAUAGAAUAAAUGAAUAUCCUCAGAAUAA